AUGAGAGUUGUAAUUGUCGGCGCCACAGGCGAAACCGGACGAUCCAUCGUGGACGGUCUGGUCACUUCAGACGUCAAUUACGAUAUUACUGCUCUUAUACGUCCCCCUUCCCUGGAGAAACCCGCCGUCCAGAGUUUAAAGGCUCGCGGGGUCAAGAUCGUCGGGGCAGAUCUUCAAGGGCCCCACGAUGAUCUCGUCGACCUCCUGAAAGGAGUGGACAUAGUUAUCUCUACCAUCAACUACCAGUCGCUUAAUGAUGAGAUUUAUCUAUCAAAUGCCGCCAAGGCCGCAGGUGUGAAACGAUACGUACCCUGCUUCUGGGCCACGGUUGGACCACGAGGGAUUAUGCAGCUACGUGAUACAAAAGAGCAGAUACUCGAUCACAUCCAUCGUCUCCGUCUUCCCUACACCGUCAUUGAUGUCGGGUGGUGGUACCAGAUCGCACUCCCACGCAUCCCUUCCGGCCGCUUCGACUACGGUCUGUUGGCACCGCAGAACAAGAUUUUCGGUGCUGGAGAUGUUCCAUCCGCUUUGACAGACGUCCGUGACGUGGGAACAUACGCUGCGAAGAUCAUUAGCGACCCACGUACCCUAAAUAAGAAGGUCUUCGCCUUCACUGAAACCCUAACGCAAAACCAACUUUUUGGAUUGGUUGAGUCCAUGACUGGUGAAAAACUGGAGAUAACCAAGGUUCCGGCAGCCGAGGUUGAGGCCAAGGUUGCUGAAGCAAGGAAGCCUGGUGCUGGCAUCAACCAAGCGCUGGCCGAAUACGAGUACUACAAUUCGUGGGGUAUACGUGGUGAUAACACUCCAGAGUGUGCUAGAUACCUAGGAUACCUGAUUCUUGACGACCUGUAUCCAGGUUUCAAGGGUCGAACUAUUGGCAAAUUUAUACAAGAGGCUCUCGAUGGAAAGGCCGUCAAAGUGUACAGCCAAUGA